AUCAGCUGAUCCCGUUGCCUCUUGUUGAUGCCUGUAGUUGCUGUUGUUUGGAGGCACAGAAGACACGCUAAAGCCCACGGAGGGUUACAGGGACACUUACGGAUACACCACUUUCUGUGAGAAGCCCGUGUUCUUGGACACUUUGGAUUCACCGAAGAACAGAGAGACAGAAGAAAAAACAGCUAGCCGUAAAUAUCGAGUCGUCGCUGGAAAGAAAAAGAACAGCGGUCAGCUCCCUUUGUCCUCACAGUCCGAGACGCAGUAUUCUUUUAAACGUCUCUAUUUUGUUUUUUGUUACCUUCGCUUCUACCGUAUUUAGAAGUUAAUUUAAAUUGUUUACUUAGCGAGAACAAGGUUGUGGUAGUUAGCAGCUAUUGUUAGCACACAACGCAAACAAACUUGGUGUUUUCGUAACAUGUAACCUCAGCUAACAACGAGGACUGUCUCCUUUGGACAACUUACUCUCUUCUUUCAACAGUCCCACAGAGACUCAUAACAAGCUCUAACAACGAGGACUGUCUCCUUUGGACAACUUACUCUCUUCUUUCAAUAGUCCCACAGAGACUCAUAACAAGCUCUAACAACGAGGACUGUCUCCUUUUGGACAGCUUACUGUCACGAGGACUGUCCCCUUUGGACAACUUACUGUCUAUUCUUUUAACAGUCUCGCGGAGACAUUUAACGUCAGUUAAGAGUGAGGACUGUCCCCUUUUGGACAGUUUACUGUCUGUCCUUUUUGUUUGAGUGUUUUGGCUGGAUCUCUUGGAGCCACAUAAGCUGCUGUCCAAACUUAAAGCUGUAGGAGAUAUUUGUGUCUCUUCAUUCUUCACUGACAUUAAUAGUUUACUUUUAGCCGUAUUGAUUUUUUUCCCCUUAACAACACAAACAAGACUGACUUCCAGCUGGAUUUGUGACUUUUGUGUUUGCAGGCGAGUUGCGUAAUUUAUGUGCAGUCUGCCAUUCUUUGAGAAGUAAUUUAUUUAAAACUAAUGUAUCCAAGCGGCUUUUAGGUGUUUGACCUUGUAUAAUUUGUUACCAAGAAUUUGUCAUGUGAUAAAGAAGCUAGUUACAUCAUCUUUUUUUUUUCUUUUUUAAACUUUGAAUUGCUGUCUGAUACUUUGGCUUUGAGAACUAAGCUGCCCACUUUGUGAAUUCAAACUUGUGAGACGGUACUGAGAUUAGGGAGAAACGAGCAGAGAAACAGGGUUCCUCACAGGGUUCCUUGUCUUGAUGUGAGGUGAGCCACCCUCCACUACUUGCCAAUGCUGGAUCUGGAAGUAGUGCCUGAGAGAUCACUUGGAAAUGAACAAUGGGAAUUCACCUUAGGAAUGCCAUUGGCCCAGGCCAUCUCUAUUCUGCAGAAACACUGCCGUAUCAUCAAAAAUGUCCAGGUGCUAUACAGUGAACUGACGCCACUCAGCCAUGACCUCAUACUGAAUUUAACUCAGGAUGGGAUUAAACUGCUGUUUGAUGCCACAAACCAGAGACUCAAGGUGAUUGAAGUGUAUGACCUGAGCAAAGUCAAGUUGAAAUACUGUGGAGUCCAUUUCAACUCUCAGGCUAUUGCUCCCACAAUAGAGCAAAUAGAUCAGUCAUUUGGAGCUACACACCCUGGAGUUUACAAUGCUGCAGAACAGUUGUUCCAUCUCAACUUUCGUGGACUCUCCUUUUCUUUUCAACUCGAUUCCUGGAACGAAGCUCCAAAGUACGAGAUUCCACAUGGAGCCAUGGUCAAAAGGAUGCACAUCUACACUGGCAACAACCUGCAAGAAACAAGAGCUCCCCUGAUGCCUUUGGCUUGUUUCCUUGGCAACGUCUAUGCAGAGAGUGUGGAUGUUAUGAGAGAUGGUGCAGGGCCUCUCGGGCUUAAGCUCCGCCUUCUCACUGCAGGUUGUGGUGCUGGUGUGAUAGCUGAUGGCAAAAUAAAAUCCUUUGAGAGGAACAUCUACUUUGGAGAUUCCUGUCAAGACGUCCUGGGUGCCCUUGGUUCACCGCAUAAAGUUUUCUACAAGUCCGAGGACAAGAUGAAGAUUCACUCUCCAUCGCCUCACAAACAGGUUCCCUCAAAAUGUAACGACUACUUCUUCAACUACUUCACACUCGGCGUGGAUAUCCUGUUUGACUCAACCACUCACCUGGUUAAGAAGUUUGUGCUCCAUACCAACUAUCCUGGACAUUACAACUUCAAUAUAUAUCAUCGAUGUGAUUUUAAGAUUCCACUAGUUAUCAAGAAAGGAGAUUCACAGACACAAGAGUGCAUCUUAACAACUUACAGCAAGUGGGAUCAGAUUCAGGAGCUACUGGGACACCCGAUGGAAAAGCCUGUAGUGCUCCACAGGUCUUCUUCAGCCAAUAACACAAAUCCAUUUGGUUCGACCUUCUGCUUUGGACUGCAGAGGAUGAUCUUUGAGGUGAUGCAGAAUAACCACAUAGCAUCGGUGACACUCUAUGGAGCCCCACGGAAUGCCAGCCUAGCCCGACCUGAAUCUAGUACUAGUACUCACUGAUCAAGUAACCUACAUACUCAUUCUGGCCUCAUUUGAUUCUACUACCGUCACUGUCUCAACAUCCGAUUCGGAACGAGCUUCUCAACCAAGCAAAUUGAACGCAAGUCCAUCAGACAUCACCAGAGUAGCAAAUAAGGCUGAGUGUGAAUCCUGAGCUGGCAUUCGCAAAUCACAGCUAUUACUGGUUUAUUUGUCCAGUCAGAUAAAUCCGGCCUGCAGACACCCAGCAUGAACUGCCCAAAGAUUGUAGCUAUGAUCCAGCGAUGAAAUGAAACAUGGUGGAAUGAUCUCCAUUCACCUUUACUCCCGAGGUGUUCCCGCCCAAGACUGGACUCUUCUUUGGAAUGUUUCCAUCGAUAUGAAGUUAUGUCUGUCUGUGCGCAACGGGCACAUCAGCUCGUUUGUCAAGAUCAGUAUUCAUUCAGUCAUCCAUCUAAAAACAUUGUGCAUCAGACAGAGCACACUAGCAGCGCUAACAUUUGUGAAUUGCCUCGACCGACCAAUGGACUGCACUGCCAGCCCAAACAGGACCGUCCGCCUUCUGACGCACGACAGCCUGCCACACCGAGAAUCACCACAGAGCUGAACAAAACCUGAGCUGUCUCAAGAAGAUCCAAACACGCUCUGAGCUGCAAUCCGAGCCAAAACCUAAGAGUCAAAAAACCCGGCUCAGUAAGACCAGCUGCGAACCUGUGACCCAACUCCUCCACAACCUCAUACUUUCUACAAACCAAGUUUUUCUUUUUAGCUCCAAGCUGCUAUUUGAACAUCGUGGUAUUUGCGUUACACUAAUUCUUUGCCUAAAUACGGACUCUUGCACAAACGUUGAACGGCAGCGAGCGUUUGCACGUGUUCAGCUACUGGUUUUCAGAUUGACAUUUCAGUGCUUCAGAUUUUCAUCAUUCAGGCACACGCAAAGCAUUUCAGCCCCUCUCACUGCUUGCAUCUACUACACGACAGCUCAUGCAUUUAAGCAGACACACACACACACACACACACACACACACACACAGAUUUGCAUGAACGUGAUUGAUGAAUGAGAAGAAAUGAUUACAAGCACAAUCUGGCAACAUAUUUUAGACUGUAUGUUCUUUGCAUGCUGUGAGGGACACAGACUUGCCACAGCCCCCCUCCCACCUUGUGUUUUACACUCUCACUCAGUUUGCAACUUGAUGAUUUCAGUUUUCUUUUACAUUUGCACUAAUGUACACGUUUUGACUUCAUUGUGUGUUGGUUAGUCGAGCUUCUAUGUGUGAAGGUGGGUGGCGUUACGCACUGUGUUGGCCGCCGUAUAUAUUUUUGUUUCUCCACAUCUGAUCAUUACUCAGCAGUCCAAGUCUCAGCAAUGUCUGCAUUCUUUUUUUUUUCUUCUUCUUCUUAAAUUGCCAAAUGUGAUAGCCAAAGAUGUUCCAGAAUCAUUUCAGCAGAUCUUUAAUCUGCCUAAUGGUGAGACAUGUACAUCUUUUCAUUCGCGAUGGCACAAUAGUGAUACUGGAACCUUCAGUAUCUGCUAAUACUGUUUCUCAUCUUAAAAGAACUAAUCUGUUUAAUAAAGCCAUUUGUCUGGGUGUACUUCACUAACGUAGCCAUCUAACAAAACAAAAAAACUGUGAAACAAACACUGUACGUACUUCCCGAAAGGAAAAUGUACAUAACUCAGAUGUGCAAUAGGAGACUUGGGUGGGAUCAGGGUAUAUUUAUUAUUACGACCACACCCCCCCCCCCCCCCCCCCCCGAUAAGAUUUUCACACGCCAACUUUGAAUAGAAAUCAUUGUUACAUUCACUCAUUUAAGUUCACCAUUUAAGUUCAGGUUUCUAUAGCUGCUUAAUAUAACUCGAAAGGAAGUCACCUGAGCGCAUACCUCCACUCCAGCUGUGUCUGCUCCGUCACGUGAUGUUUAAAAAAAAAAAAGAAAUUACUUUAUAAAUCUGUGGCACCACCUCAACAUAUAAUAGAUCCUAGUUCAGGCUCAACCCAGCAUUUUCAUCAAGUUUUGUGAAAAUGGAUUUGAACAACAUGCCCUGGUUUUAUAAUUUUUAACAUAGCAUUAAAACAAACAAACAAAAAAAGAAGAAAUAAACAAGUUUCUGGUUUUUGUGUUCUGGGCCAGGACCUACAUUCUUUUUAAGUCUGGUUAAAAAUAAAUAAUGAAUUCAUGGUUAAAUAUUGUAACGUUAUUCAGAUCUAAACCCAGAAUAUACUUUUUCUUGAACCCACAGCCAGUUUUCACCUGAUCUUGAAUUGUUCUCAUUGUGCCACAUUCUAAGCAAAGACGUGUCAUAACCUUCUGAGAGUGUGGUAACCGGACCGGGGUCAGUUAAGCCGGUACCUUACAGACCAGCAAAUGCUAACAUACUGAAUCAUGGGUUUCGUCAGGGUUAAUAAAAGAUGGCAAACAGUUUUUAAAGCCACAAACAGUUUUUCUUUUUGCAAAUAAAUUCUUGAAAUAGGUUUAUUUUUCCGCAUGCAUUUGUAAAUGGUCCUAACGUGUGUCACUACAACCACUCCCUGACAUAAGCAGUGUACCUUUUCUUCUUUUUUCCAUCUCGUCUGCGGCAGGAGCCAGACAAAACCCACUGGCACACAAUUUCUCAUACCAAUGUGUGUCAUUAGAUGGUACGCUUGAAAAGCCAUCUUGACACUUGCACAAAUUUGAUCUCUGCACUGCCAUGCAAUAUUACAUGCCAUUGAGUAAAAUCAUCGUCAUCUGUGUGAUGCUCUGCAUGCAGUGACACGCAGUGUUGGCGAAUAUGUUCAUGACUAGUUUGUGCAAGUGGCACGAAAUUUAUGUGCACUGGAAAUUUUGAACAUUUCAAAAUUUUUUUUGCACACUGGCAACGCAGUCUCGCACAGUUUAUUCACACUUUAUGAUGAGUUUACUCAUUGGCACGUAAGAUUGUGUGCCACUGUGAGGAUAAAAUUCAUGCAAGUGUCAAGGUGGCUAAAACAAUUCUUCCUCUAGGGCAGCAGCAUGUUGGGAUUCUUUUUGACAUGAAUUAAUCUUCUGUAUAGUAUAGGUCAGGAGAAAUCUGAAUGCUGGGGAGGGGAUGUUUACGAUUCUUGCCUCUGUCAAAGAUGCGUGUUUUUGCCGACUCUGGAGUGGACAACAAACCUUAAUUUAUGAAGCCACUGCUGAGGGUUUACAUGCCCAUGCACAUCACAUGGAUUAGAAUCAAACAUGGCAACAUCUUUCCAGGCAGUGUUACAUGAUAUUUUGUUCACAUCUGAGGUGGAAAACAGAUGUUUGUAAGUAGACAAAAUGUGAUUUAGGAUCUAGCUUUGAUACAGAUUUGUUUGCACUAACAUAUAUGAGGGCAGAUGUUUAACGUGGAGCUUUUAGAAAGUAGGAGGAGAUUCCAGGAAUCGGGAGGGAGAUUUUCUUUGCUCACUCAAAAAGUAGUCACAUAUUUUAAUUUGGGAAAAACAAAGCCGAUGAGUCGUGGUUUUAGAACUGUUGUCAUCCAGUGAGGUGGUGGAGCUGCAAUGUUCCUGCCAUUCUGAUCCGUCUGUGACUUUACAUUCACACAAAACACAAAAAUUAUACAAGUUAUCAGCGGUAAAAUGAUGAUUUUGCUGCCACUUGCUUGUGGAAGUCAUACAGACAUUAAGAAAAUCAUGUCUAUUAAAAAAAAAAAAAAAGAAUCUUUUUAACAUUGUGCCUGGAGCCGGUCUUUGACUUCUGCCUCUCUUCUGUAAAUCUCUUUGUACACAAAAACUCUUUGAGAAGGUGUCAUGGUUCAGAAUGAAUGUGUGCGUGUUUUUGAGAGUAGCAACAAGCUAAAUUGUUAUGGUCGGUUGCCAUUUUCAUUUUCCUGUUACAGCACAAAAAUACAGGUGGGAUGUGUUUUCCAACACUUAUUUAACUUUUUUUUUUAAAUGUUAUUCUGUUCACAUAAUAUAUUUUUCAUGUUUAUGUGCUGCUUGUUAACAUCACAGCCAGAAGCAAAUUUCCAAAUACUACUUAUGAAUUUAGACAUAUCGUGUAUUUAAAGAGCCGCCACUUAAAAAGUUUCAGCCAUGCAUCAUUAGCCUGGUGUGUUUACUCUUCCAAGUAACUUAAAGAUAACAUUGAUGAGACUAAGAGGAAGAACUUGCAAACAUUUUGGCAGCAUUCUGCUUAUUUCACCACAUCUUUGCUCCAUCCCGCCUCUGUCAUAAAGGCAAAACUGCAUUUUAAUACAUGUUCCAGUGUCGUCUUUCUGUUAUGGCGUAUCGCUAAUGUACUGCUUUUAAACAUCAGUGUUUCUUUCCCAUUGAAAACACGCACUUUAGUACCUCAUUAAACAUGGUUUAAAGACAUUAUUCGCCUUUGUGUCCAGUCGAGGGAGGCGUCGCUGAACACAGAACAUGCUAACUAAAAUGGGAACUGACACUUCCUGAAAACCUGCAAAUAUAUUUUCAAAGACAAUACGUAGGAAGUUCCUGCUGUACUGUAUUGAAGUAUCAUCCCAAAGUCCAGGAUUAUUUGUUUGGUUUUGGUGGAGGUGCACACUCUUCUACUUGUUUUCAUUUUGAAAUAUAAAUCCUCCCUGUUGCUGAAAACCCAGAUUAGGGGUCACAGAUUUGCAUUUGAAACACUGUAAAGGCAUUUCCUGUGUGACCUGAAUCAACCUGCAGUACUUGACUAGAAGCUGAGAAGAGGAUUUAAAUGGUCUUUCGUCCACUAGUUAUUUACACAUAAAUUUUCAGACAAUUUUUUUUUGUUUUUUGUUUUUUUUGAGGGGGGGCCUUAUGGGACAAUGAGUCCAGUGCAGGAAGUCGACCUGCUCUGUCCUCAGACCCAUGGACACACUGGACUGAAACAGCUGUAUGUGUUUUGCUUAACAUUUCAUGUGCAGUUAGCAUUUCAUUAAAGAAAAGAAGUUUUGAUUAAAAUUUGUGUCCAAGUUUUGAUAAGUUGAUCAAGGUGUAAAAAAAAAAAAAAAAAGUUGUUGCAAUCAUCAACCUGCUCUGUGUUCAGUGACGUCUGGCACCAAAUUUCAUGAGGUCUUUAUACUACAAGUCGCGGUUGAGGCUAAUGUUUAAGUGUCAUCUGUAGUUUGUAUUUUCUUUAACCUCCAAAUCUGGCUGUUUCCAGGAAACCUUUUUUUUUUGUUGCUAUAUGUCUGUAAUAUAUUAAACAAGUUUCACAGUUGUAAAUAAGAAGUAAUUUGCAUACAAUGAUUUUUGGUGAACCCCGCCCAGUGCCACAGAUUAUCAGUGUUGUGUUUAUGAGACAGAAGUGGGUGGAACCAAGUUCAUCUCCCCCAAACUCAGGUGGAUAUAUUGCAUCUUUUUUUUUUUUUAAGAAAAGCAAAUAUUUAAAAGUGGAGGUUUGUGUGCUUUUAUGUUUCAUUUCAUUGGUAUGAUAGAAUGGCAAAUGAACAGUUACCAUAAUCAGAUAUUGUAACUUAUAAUGCACAGCUUUGACUUGGUGUAACGAUGAUCUCGUUAAUGCUUCGUAUUGUCUGUGCUCUCGCUGUCUUGCGUUUGGAUCCCUGUUUUGUUUUGUUUUGUUUUUUGCUAUUCUUUAAAUUUGGGGACAGUUUAAACUUGCCCAUUUCUGGAAAUGGUGCAGUUAUAUGUCAGAAUUUGUAUAAAUCAUUGGAAUGUGGCAUUUUAUAUUUUGAAUACUAUAACGUUGUGUAUGAAGUUGAAUUAUUCAGCAUGUCCACUGAAAAAA